AAGACGCUGUGUGAGACUCGAUCUGACACUCUUCUGCUGGGAUUGAGCUCUUCUGGAAACUGGACUUUAGAGAAAUGAUGCUGAUCUUUGGACUGAUGCUGGUGCUGCAAACUGCUGCAUUGAUCUGAACUUCCUCUUCUCUGACAGAAACUGUGCAGUAUUUGAAUCACUAUAUUGUGAGUGUCAGUCGCUCUUCUGUCAGAGUGAGAAGUGACUGUGUGACUGAAGCAGCGUCACACUCUUCUGCUGGGAUUGAGCUCUUCUGGAAACUGGACUUUAGAGAAAUGAUGCUGAUCUUUGGACUGAUGCUGCUGCUGCAAACUGCUGCAUGUGUGGAGUGGAACUGCAGCUUUAAUCAAUCAGAUCCCUGUUACACCGCUCUGGGAGACAAACUCAAUCUGCUGAUGGUGCGGGACGCUAGUGAAUAUGACCUGAAGUUAAAAAAGAGAAUAAACAACAACAAAAAAGAUGAUCAAAUUUGUAAAGUAAAAUAUGGCAACAAGAAGGAAUGUGAUCUUUAUAAUAACAGAACUGAAGUGACAGUCAUUAAUGGGACUCUGAUAAUAAAGCGUGUGAUCAGAGCAGAUUCUGGGAAUUACAGAUUAACACUCUCUCACUCAGACGGCACAGAAACAUCUAGAGAUCUUCAAGUGAUUGUUGAAGCUCCUAUUGGCUCAGUAAAUGUGUCAAUCAUCUGCUCCUCCAGUGGGGUGAUGAGGGUGUCCUGCUCCUCUGACGGGGAUCAGCUCCUCUACAGCUGGACUCUGAAUGGAGAUCCACUGAUGGAUGGAAACAGCAGCAUUGAUCUGGAUAAAGAAACUGAUGGAAACAUCAGCUGCAGUGUGAAGAACCACGUCAGUCACACACAGAAGACCAUUAGACUCAAACCCUGUCCUGGUCCGGAUCGUUUUUGCAGUUUUAAUCAAUCAGAUUCCUGUUACGCAGCUGUGGGAGACAAACUCAAUCUACUGAUGGUGCGGGACGCUCAAAAUCAAGAGCUGCAUUUGUAUAAGUUAAUGGAUAGCAGAGAACUGGAAGUUUUUAGAAUAAAGAACAAAAAAGAGAAAAAACAUAAAUCCAUCAGAAACAGAUCUGAGUUCAUCUUUGAUAAUGGGACUCUGAUAAUAAACCGUGUGAUCAGAGCAGAUUCAGGAAAUUACAGAUUAGAGUUUUAUCACUCGGAUGGCUCAAGAACAUUUAAAAAGCAUCUUCCUAUUAAUAUUGAAGCUCCUAUUGGCUCAGUGGAAGUGUCAAUCAACUGCUCCUCCAAUCAGAGGUCAGUGUUCUGCUCAUCUGACGGGGAUCAGAUCAUCUACAACUGGACUCUGAAUAGAGAAAUACUAGAACAAGGAUCAAUGGAUGGAAACACCACCAUUCAGCUAAAUGAGGGUACAGAUGGAAAUAUCAGCUGCAGUGUGAAGAACCACUUCAGUCACGCUCAGAAGACCAUUAGACUCCAACCCUGUCCUGGUCCGGUUUGGUUCUGCAGUUUUAAUCAAUCAGAUCCCUGUUACGCAGCUCUGGGAGACAAACUCCAUCUGCUGAUGGUGCUGAACGCUAUAGAAUAUGACCUCAAGAUACGUAAGAAGAUAUACAACACUCAAGAUGAUCCAGUUUGUAGAGUAAAAUAUGGCAGAAUAAAGGAAUGUGAUCUUAAUAAUAACAGAACUGAAGUGACAGUCAUUAAUGGGACUGUGAUAAUAAAGCGUGUGAUCAGAGCAGAUUCUGGGAAUUACACAUUAACUCUCACUGACUCAGACGGCACACAAACAUCUAGAGAUCUUCAAGUGAUUGUUGAAGCUCCUAUUGGCUCAGUGGAAGUGUCAAUCAUCUGCUCCUCCAGUGGGGUGAUGAGGGUGUCCUGCUCCUCUGAGGGGGAUCAGCUCCUCUACAACUGGACUCUGAAUGGAGGUCCACUGAUGGAUGGAAACAGCAGCAUUGAUCUGGAUGAGGGAACUGAUGGAGACCUCAGCUGCAGCAUGAAGAACCACGUCAGUCACACACAGAAGACCAUUAGACUCAAACCCUGUCCUGUAUAUGUAGUGUCUGGUGUGUUUGUUCUGGUCUGGUGUCUUCAGCUGAUGGUUCUGUUCGGUCUGUUAGGAGCUUUUCACAUCUACAUGAGACACACGUCAGGAAAGAAACAAGAAGAUCAGAAAGUUAGAAUGAGAAGAUUUAGAGAGAGACAUGAACACACAGCAGAAGAUUCAUGAGAGCAGCAGCAGAUCUCUACAGAAGAGAGA